UAAAGGAGCGCUCGCUGCUACCGCUCGCUCUCCGGCGGGGCUGAGUGAAGCAUCAUGGCCGCGAAGUCGGACGGGCGGCGGAAGAUGAAGAAGGGCGGCGAGGUGGCGUUCACGCCGCUGCAGAACUCCGAACACUCGGGCUCCGUGCAAGCGCUGGCCCCGGGGCUGCCCGCGGGCGCCGGGCCGGGCGGCGGCAGCGACGACGACGAGGCGCCCGGGGGCGGGUGCUGCAGCGGCGGCGGGGACGGCUCGGGCGGCGGCUCCCGCUGCUGUUGCUGCUGCUGCUGCGGCGGCGGUAGAGGAGGAGAAGGAGGGGGCGGCGGCGGGGGCUCGCGGGGCUCGGGCGGGGGCUCGUCCUCGCUUUGCCUGCGGCUGGGCAGGGAGCAGCGGCGCUACUCGCUGUGGGACUGCCUCUGGAUCCUGGCCGCGCUGGCCGUGUACUUCGCAGACGUGGGCACCGACAUCUGGCUGGCGGUCGACUACUACCUGCGGGGCCAGCGCUGGUGGUUCGGGCUCACCCUCUUCUUCGUGCUGCUGGGCUCCCUCUCCGUGCAGGUGUUCAGCUUCCGCUGGUUCGCGCACGACUUCGGCGCGGAAGACGGCACGGCCGCCGCCGCCGCCUCCGGGCAGUGCCCCGCUGCCGAGAGCAAACUGCUGGUGAGCAGCAGCUCGGCGGCCGCGGACAUCGACUCCGCUCGGCCCUGCACGCCGCAGCGGCAGGCUUCCACUGCCAGCAAGGGCAACGCCAACAGCAGCAGCAGCGGCAGCAGCGGCCCCGCUGGAGGCGGCCCCUCCAGCAGCAGCCGCACCGGCAGCGGCAGGUCGGCGUCGUGCGCCUUCUGCAUCUGGCUCCUGCAGUCCCUCGUCCACAUCCUGCAGCUGGGGCAGGUUUGGAGGUAUUUCCACACUAUAUACUUGGGUAUCCGGAGUCGACAGAGUGGAGAGAAUGACAGAUGGCGGUUUUAUUGGAAAAUGGUGUAUGAGUAUGCAGAUGUGAGUAUGCUGCAUUUGCUAGCCACGUUUCUGGAAAGUGCACCACAGCUGGUCCUGCAGCUCUGUAUUGUUGUACAGACUCGUACACUCCAGGCUCUCCAAGGUCUUACUGCUGCAGCAUCUCUCGUAUCUCUAGCUUGGGCUCUGGCUUCCUACCAGAAGGCCCUCCGUGACUCCCGUGACGACAAGAAACCCAUCAGUUAUAUGGCUGUUAUAAUCCAGUUUUGCUGGCAUUUCUUCACCAUUGCAGCAAGGGUCAUUACUUUUGCUCUCUUUGCCUCGGUUUUCCAGCUGUACUUUGGGAUCUUCAUCGUGCUCCACUGGUGCAUCAUGACCUUCUGGAUCGUCCACUGCGAGACAGAGUUUUGCAUCACCAAAUGGGAGGAGAUAGUUUUUGACAUGGUUGUUGGAAUUAUCUAUAUCUUCAGCUGGUUUAACGUCAAGGAAGGAAGGACACGCUGUAGGCUUUUCAUUUACUAUUUUGUGAUCCUUUUGGAAAACACCGCCUUGAGUGCUCUCUGGUAUCUCUACAAGGCCCCACCAAUCUCCGAUGCAUUUGCCAUACCAGCACUGUGUGUGGUGUUCAGCAGCUUUCUGACAGGCAUUGUUUUUAUGCUGAUGUACUAUGCCUUCUUUCAUCCCAACGGACCAAGGUUUGGGCAGUCGCCAAGCUGUGCUUGUGAGGACCCUGCAACUGCCUUUACCCUACCCACGGAAGUGGCAACAAACACCCUUCGGUCCAUCUCCAACAACCGGAGUGUGACAAGUGAGAGGGAUCAAAAAUUCGCAGAGAGGGAUGGGUGUGUGCCUGUGUUCCAGGUGAGGCCCACUGCUCCAUCCACACCUUCAUCCCGCCCACCCCGGAUCGAGGAGUCGGUCAUUAAGAUCGAUCUGUUCAGGAACAGGUACCCAGCCUGGGAGAGACACGUGUUGGACAGGAGCCUGAGGAAGGCAAUCCUAGCAUUUGAAUGUUCCCCUGCUCCUCCACGGCUACAGUAUAAAGAUGAUGCCCUCAUCCAGGAGCGUUUGGAAUACGAAACCACAUUAUAGACAAAGCAAAAACGCAGCUUGGAGAAGCUCUGCCGUUACAGUCCAAGUUAAGGAUUGAUGGGAGGGCUGUAGGAAUAACAAACUGUGUACUACCAUUAGGACAACAAGCUGUAGUGUUCUUAGUCUGGCUACCAUCAUGAUUAUCAUUUGAUCCACUGUGUGCAGUCCAUCUGCAGGACACUGGUACAGCAACAUCACCUGAAAUCCUCAAAAAAUAAGCAAAAAGCCUACAACCAACCCACACAUACUGAUCAGUUCCUGGGAAAACUCACCCAUGACUCCUUGCUGCUAUGAAACUCGGACUGCAUGGUACUCACAAGCAAACCAACAGGGGGGCUCUGACCAGAGCUUUCAACUUUAGCCAGUAGUGCAUUUUAUUUUAGAAAUGAAUGAUUGAUAUUUGCAUAAUCAAUGGCAAAAGCAAGCAAAGAAAAAUCCUCUCAAAAAUAACAAAACUGUAGCACACAAUGUUGCCAUUAUUAAAACUGGUUUCUAGGGGAAAAUAGGAGCAUAGUAGUAUUUGACACCCCAUAAAUAGAUCAUUCAGGUUAGACAGGUUUGCAAAAUAGUUCUUAAUUAAAAAGAGAAAUCAUCAUGUUAGCAAGGUUAUAAAUGGAAAAUAACUGAUUAUAUAGCUCACAAACAUUGACACCACCAGAACUGUUUGUUUUCUGUGGAAUUUCAAAGUCUUUUUAAUUGCAAUUUAAGUCCUUUAUGUUGCUUUCAACAGAAAUCCUAUGCAGCUCACUUCUGGUUUUCAGGAGAAAUAAGGAGCUCCAGCACGUAGUGAUGUAAAUUAAAUGAUAAUCAUGAUUCAACAUUCAAUUUGCAAAAAAAAUAUAUAUAUAUGUAUGUAAAAGAACAGGGAAGUAUAGUUUUCAUAUUCUAAAGUUUUUUGGAGGACCCCAUUCAGACGUUUCAGAAGGAACUACAAGGAGAUGAACACGCUGAAACUUCUCUGUUUCAGAACUGGGAAUGCAUGAUUCAGUGUGAAUGUAUGCAGGGGUGACAAGAGACUGUGACAUGCCAUACCCUUCUAGUGCCAAACAUUGUGUAACCGCAAGAUUGAUGUUGCCCAAGGGACAGAUCACGAGUGGCAUGAACCCUACGAGACCAAGAAGCAGGAAAGACCAAUCCAGUUCUCAACGUGUCGAGACAGCUCUGAUUUUUCCCACCCAAGGUGAAAGUGAUGUCUUUUAAAGACUUUCAGCCACCUCUGAGUAAGUAUAUUCAGUGAAGUGUGACAUAACCAAGCUGUGUGGAAGCCCUCUUCUGCCUGUUCAGGACUUGUUCCAGAUAUAUCUAAAAAUUACGCUGUAAUACAGAGUGCUUUUGCUACAAGCUUUUGGGUUUGAAAUACCUCCCUAAAUCUAGUCAACAGUAUCCUUCUUUAUGUUAAAAGUAUCCCCUGAUGGUGCUUUCAGAUGCAUUAAAGGUGCAAGUCAAAAUUUGAUAGUAUUUUUUUUAAAGCUGGUGCAGAGUGAAAAACUCAUGAAUUAUUUCAAUAUUUUUGUAAAGUAAAAAUAUGGUAUAAAAAGGUUACUUUUUAUAAACCUCAAAUCUUUUAAUACAUUUCAUUCUCUUUAUAGCUUAGAUUUUAAGAAUUGGUCCAUGAAUUUUAUCAGCUAGAUUCUGCAGGUUGAUACAAACCUGGUUUUCACACAUUAUGGGUUUGUUUUUGCAAUGUAAUGCGAUAUGAAAGCCUACAUGGGUACUUUUAGAAUACACCAUAAACUGCGGAUCCUGCUUCAAGUAUAAGUGGUUUGUAAUGAGACCAAGCGAUUCUAUAAGAAGCAAUUUGCUAAAACUAUUUCCAUCCGUUCUAGGAGAGUGAAGCAGAACUGAAGUGUUACUUUUUUAAAUGGCAUUGUCAGGAUGGAGAAGACCUGAUGAUUGGUAUUUUAAUCUUCAUGUCAGGUAUAUUCAGUGUAGUCACUGCUGUAUAUGCUGCUGGGUAAAUUUCAGUCUUUCCUGUUAUUAAUAUUCGUAGUACAAAAUGGCAGAGGUUACAUGCCUUUGUUUGUUUGUAUGCAUUCAAUUAGCCAUUUUUAAUGUUGACUUUUUUAUUAGAGAAAUGCUCAGUAUCUGUUGAUCUUUGCUGGGGCAAGUUCCUCACAACAAAACAUCUAUCUGUGGAAGUGCAGGAACCUGCAAGUCAGAAGGAAUUUUGCACAGAUCAGGAAACACCCAUGCUUGAAGGUUUCUUAGGUAUUUUCAAAUUAAGCAGUGGCCAGCUGCCUCGAUAACCGUUUUUAAAUAAAAAAGUUCUUUGAUAGUCCAAACCCAAAGCUUUGUGCAAAGUGAUUGCCCUUCCCUCCAUGCAGACAUAGAUGACUAUAAAGAAGAUCUCUCACGUUAUGUCAAAAAAUACACCGCUGUAAAAACUGCUAAAAGAGAUCUGGGGACAAAACCUUUUGUCUGGAUGAAUCCAAUAGAGCCUUCGCUCCAGAAUCCAACAUUUGGUAUCAAAAGGAAAUUUGCCUUUACAAACAAGCGUAAGCUUUGUAAUCCAAGAUGUGAGGAUUUCUUUCUGAAACCGUUCUGUAUGUUUGGCGCUUCUUUGGUAACUCAGAAACGCUGUGAGCGGGGCACAGCGGGCAGUGCUCUCCGACCGCAUGGGCUCUCCUGGAGAGAAGGACAACAUCCCAGGUAUCAGCAGUCCUGGCCCUCUUUUGAUGGCCUUCUCAUGCCACGUUGCUAUUCCUCAGAGCUGUGAGCCCUUGGGUAAGGGCUGACAGCACUGAAGAAACAGUGCAGAUUGCAAAGGGUUAUGGACAAAACCAGUGCUUGCAUUGCAAGGUUUCUGAAGAAGGCGAGCAGUGGGUAUGUUUGAUUUUCUCUCUGGUUUUGGAAGAAAGGAUACAGAGAUUUCAUUUUUUUCCAUUGUUAGUAUCUACCAGUUAAUGUGCUUACCCUCUCAUCAUUUUUAGUGUGUUUUUAGUAGAGCUUGUAAAUUCACUUCAAGCAAACUAUUGCAGGUUCUGAGUGCACAGUGCCAUACUUGACAUUACAUACACACAGAGCAGUAUGCGUACUCCACUGCCUUCUGAAUUCAGGCUGGGUGUUUCUGGAAUAAGAAGUCAUUUUAUUCUGAGUGAAAAUCUGCUCUCCACAGCCCUGCUCUGUUAUGUUUGCAAUGUCAGUGACAUUUGCGCUGAGAACAGAACGGCCAUUGAAACCUUAACUCUCAGAUGACUGCAUGGACAGUUUUGUUAGUCUGCUUUGCUGUGAACAGUCACCAUAGAAGCUGUUAGAAUUUUUUUAUACAACUUGUCAAAAUUAAAUAUGGUCCACAUUUAAAUCCCAUGAUGGCCUUACGGACAGUUAAUAAUCAAUAUGCACUAUUCUUUUUAAUGCAAACUGUUUUAAGGUCUAUCAAUAAAGUUCAACGAAGACAGCAAUAGCAAAAAAAAAUCUUCUGCUUUUGAAAUAAGAAAAAAAUCAGGUCUUUUAAAUUCUAUUGCAGAAUAACAGGAAAUUAAAAUGUUCAUAAUCACAUUCUGAUGAAGAAAGUAGUCACAUCUCUGUUAGAAGGAAGUGUAAUGUAAGCAUUGUCCUAAUGAACCAAACAAAUUUGCCAGCAAAUUUCAAGGUAACUUAUCUUGGUCCUAAAAUUUUGAGAGCUGUGGAUUUGUGUGCUACAGAAAAGGUAAUUCACUGCUCCAAAGGAAAAGAACGCAUACCCAUGUUCAUUCAAAAAACAGUCAGAAAAUGUAAGAUAAACUGUUUGUCUUAUAUUAGAAGAAGUGUUAUUUACUCUAUAGUAAGAUAGUCUUAUAAUAAUAUUUGAAAAAAUGUGCAAUACUUUUUUUUAAUGCAGUUUUAAUGAUGAUAAAAAUAUUUUCCACUUCUCUUUGUGUCAGCUAAAAUACGCUUCUUGUGUUAGAACAGUGUUUCUGUGCUUGGGUUAUUUGGGCUUGGUGGCAUAUAAAUACUAUUUUCAUUGGCAAAUUAACAAAUUUUGUAUCAAUUAAUUUAUGUAGCACUGAGAUGACGGAAAAUAUUCCUUCCAAACAUAACUGCUAGACUUUAGAGGUCUGAUUUUGUAAACUUUUAAGCAGAGGAAGAAAAUUUUGGAGUUGCAGUUUUUAAUACAUGGUGAAAAUCUAAUCAACCCAUUUUUUAAAAGAUAUAUGGUAAUCUCAUCAAUAUACCAUGAUCUACCCAAAAGAGCAAUUCAUGAGUGGUAAUAAAAGCAUGACUGGUGCUAUUUUUGGAAAGGAACUCCCAGUCUACCUAAAAGCCAACAUUUUCAUUUACUUUUGAUUGGCCUGCAAGUAUUCACAGCUAGCCUGUUGUAUAACCCUUCAUCCAGCAAUUAGAAUUAUUUCUGAAUUGAACAUCCAAUUCCAUAAAAGCCUUAAAAAUGGCACCAUUCUCAGUUUUAGUUAACUCUGCCAGUGAUCCAGCUCCCAAAGCCACCGUCCUUUCUCUGUUCAGCCCAUAACAUCACACAGCCCAGAGCAGCUGAGAUGCUGUGGUUUGCUCUGCACCCCCUGCACUGCCUGCAUAAUGCCAAGGAAAAGCCCUCAGCAGAGUACUGGGGUCCUAUUGCUGCCUCUCUUGCUCCUGUGCGUGGUGGGAAGUGGAGUGAAUCACAUUUGUGCAUCCAGCUGAAAAGGCUUUUUUUAGGUUGAGUUCAUACGAGGGUGCGUAGAGAAAAUAAUCACAACACGUGUCCCCAGAUUUACAAGCUCAGCACUAAUUACUAGUUCUGCAGCAUAACAAUGCCGAAUGUGGGAAGAAUUGUCUAAAUAAACAAUAAGCCAUUUAAUUUUGCUAAUUGUAGCAAUUAGGCUAGCUCUCCUGAAGCCCAUGCUCUCAGCAGAAAGCCAAAUGGAGUAGUGGCACACAGCCAUUUAUAUGGCAGGGAUAUUACGCUGUGAAGCCCUCCCUUGACUGUUUCUAGAGCUAGGUCUUUUCAUUACAGCAUUGAAUCCAUUCCUCUUCAUUCUGAUAAAACAGAUAAAGUGCGAAGUAAUUGCAGAUAGUUUAAAUCUGUGAAUUAAAAAAAAAAAAAAGUAGUAGAUUACUGCAAUUCACUGCUCGUGAUUUUUUGAAACACAUUUAUCCUUUCUUUUCACUUGGCUGCAGAUUACCGAGUGAUCUGCAUCCAAGAAGACUUCUCACAUCUGAUAUGAGUAGAUGAUUUCAUUACAGGAAAGAUGGAGAUGACCUAAUAAAGCCCUGCUUGCACCAGGUUAGAGAAAUGUGUCGCUGGUUCAUGGAUCACUUUCAGAGCUCUUUCAGCAUGUGAGCAGUCCACUGAGAUUGUUUGUAAGGUUGCUUUAGCACAGUGACCUCACUGCAGGUGUUUGGUAGAAUUUCUUCACAAAACCCUUGAGUGAAUAAUUUCACACACUCUGAACUUAGUGCUACACUGCGUGAAUCAAAUCAUUUCUUUCUUCCUUAGUUAAAACAUUGACUAAUAUAUCCAUUUUGACUGAGCUGCUAUUUUGUGAUCAUCUUAAGAAUACUUAGAAAAAUGUCUAUAAAAACCCCACUUGUUUCCAGUGGUCCCUGUACAAGCCAAACGCUGACCAGUACCUUCACUAAAAGGAACCUUUCUUAAACAACUUGGCUCCAGCACUUACAUUCUGUUCUGAACACUUUGCAUCUAAUUCUUAUGCAGAGAAUCAUAUAUACUCAUUAGUAAGCCACGUCCCUACUCUGAAUCCUGGAGCAGAAAGGGCCGAUAAGCCAGAUGCAGGGAAAAAGGCCUCUUCAGCACAUUUAGGGGGCGAUUUGCAUGAGUUAGACAUGGAAGAGAGAAGCUUGCAUAUGAUUACAGCAGAGCUAUAUGCAGUAUGAAUUGAUAGACAUUUCCAAAUAAUUGUGAGGUGGCCAACUAAUAUUAAGAUCAAAUCUAAAACUCUACAUGCAAAGCACUGUUAAAAAAAAAGCAACAAAACACUUUAAAGCCAACUCAAAAAUCUCAUUUUCAGGAAUAGCUGGGAGAAACUUAGAAAUUGAAUGGAUUUUCCAGUGUAACAAGAAGCUACAUUCAUAGAAACAUAGAUAUGACUGCUAUGGAUAUAAACAUUUUCUCUGUCUGUGGAUUGCACUCUCGUAUUUCAUGUAUCUUUAGAAGCAGUUGCUUCUAGAUCUUACUUCUAUGAAUGCUGUAGCCCUAGACAUGCCAGCAGCUUUUCUACAAGUGGAAUCAGUACUUGCAUAGGCAAGGCCACAUACUGUUCACCCCUAAGCAAUUUCCCAACUGUAGAGAAGCUGCUUGUUAAACAUCCAGAAGAGCCUUUGCAGAGGUAGCCAAGGCAAGAUGCAAUCAGAGUUGUGUGCCACAAACCCACUGGGGCAGGGGCUGCAUAUGGUGCACCAAUCCCUGCUCAUCCUAGGUGCCAAAGAGUCCGCCCAGAGGAGAACCACAUGGAGUACAUGGAGGGGUCAACGAGGUAACCGAGGACCUCAGGCUAAUGUUGUGAUCUUCCAAGCUGCACAAGCCGGGAACUCCUGCAUAUUUUUUAUGUGAAAGGUUCAGGCCUUUUUUUUCUGGUCUUGGUCAGGAGCACCUCAGUCUUCAUAGUGCAUAGCAGUGCAACGUCUAGUGCAUAGCAGUGUCUACGCCUGCCAAGAUCCCCCAAGCUGGUAUUCCUCUGUGAAUCCUACCUGAAGGGCAGGGUCCUCUGGGUGCUAUCAAACAGAGCUUUGCACAGAAAUACCCAUGACUGAUUCUUCUACAUGAGACUUCUGGUAAGCAGAGACUGCAGGGAGAGCCAGGCUCGGUUCUCUCUUCAGCUAACAGUGAUCCAUAUCUCCUUAUCAUAUCUACUACCUCUCAGGGGAAGGCUAUAGGGCUGCACACUACUGAAGAGGAGGGCAUGCUUGCUCUCUCUUGUUUUGAGGUUUUUGUCCCUCGUUGUGAAAGACUACAAGGUUAUGCUGUGCAGUGUAGACAUAUUUUUGAUUCACUGCGUCCCCUUAGUGAGGAGGACUCUAAGGUUGCCACACAUAUCCAGCGCUAUUGCACAUGUCCAACCAGAGUAAUGUCUACAGUAAAAAUCUGGGGCAGAUACAAAACAAACCAGACCAAAAGCUGUAUGAACAUGUUUAGCACUGUGACAAGCCUGAAUCUCUGCACACUGCCUUCAGCCUGGUCUGUUAGUGCAGUGUGCUACCCUGGGCACAUCCUCUUGGUUUGCUGUGAGAGCUCAGUCAGCGAGCUCAGGUGCAUCAGAGCUGCACCACACAGCCUCAGCCACAGCUUUGUGAGCCCACAGUGCACUCCUUGUGUGUACGCUUAGUCCUGAGAUUCUAUUAGGAUUUAAUCUUACAGUUCAUUUAAAUGCUAUAACUAAAGAAAAGCAUCAGGAAUGUCAUCAUCGUUAAGAGUAAUCAAGUGAUAACUGCAAAAGAAAAACCACAUUAUUGAAAAACACACUCCAGUCAUUAUUGGAGACAGCUUUGAGAUGCACUGUGUCAGUAACUUAAUGGAAAGUUGUGGAGGAAAAAUAUUUAGUGCUACAUUUAAUUAAUCAUGGUUAGUUGAGGGAAAAAAUCAUAUAGGCAGACAGGAAAGUGAUUAGUUUGCCCUUUGUCUCGUUUAGUGUUGGCUGUAUUUGUUUCACUGAAUAUGAGUGUUAUUAGUGUCAGUAGCUUAUAUUGGAAAUAACCUCUAAUACUGCGACUGGUUUACUUGACAUUUGACUGAAAAGCACAAAAGAAAUGCUUGUUGGCCAGCACACGUGCAGUUGUCUGAAACAUGCUGUCAGAAAUAAGGUUUUGAUAAUUCAUGGAUUAUGUCCUGAUGAUAAAUUUCAAAUGCAUGUAUCUGUAGAUGAAACUACCUCUGCCAAUUUAAAAGUACCGUGAAUAUACAGGAGCUAUUUCUGAAAUUUUAAUUACUAUUGCUUUUGUGAGUAUGCAUUCUGCUUUAUUAUCUGAGUAUCCCAGAUUGUUUCUUAGUCAAUGCUUGAUACGAACUAAUUUUAAAUUUUAUAAAGCUGAGGAAAAGAUUAUGAGCCGGUUAACUGAAAGCUUUUGUUUUCAAUUGUGUGGUACACUUCUUCUUAAGCUUUAAAAAGCUGCAAAGUCCCAGUUCUGUAAACCCCUGGCUAAAAACAAGAACAGUUCAAUAACCUUCAUGAAAGCCUUGGCUGUGCUGAUGUUCAGGUGUAAGUCAGAGCUCCUGACCCAGCCAUCAUACAGCAUUCAGCUCUGCAUUUGGGAAAUGUCAUAACUUUCCCACAGGAUCUGCUUUAUAAGACAGAUUAGAACUAACCACCGUGGACUCAGACAGGCUCAGAAGUGGCCCCCAGCCUCUCCCAGUGUCAUUCCACAUCCCUGUUUUGGGACACAGGAGCCCAUGCAGUGGUGUGUCCCAGAGUGAGCACUGCAGGCAUCGGCUCUCACUCUUGGGGAAGGAAAAGUGGGAUGCUGCAGGAGAUGGCAUGUCAGUUCAGACAGGGUUAAGUUCUUCAGCACCACUGUAUGGACAACAAAUCUUCUGUUAUCAGCAGAAAGGGAAAGUGCUGCUAUAUGUUGUGUGCCAGCACACAGUCGUGUAUCUGUGGCUGCUAUUGAUUCCUUCUUUCUUUAUUCCACUGGAACAACCUGGAGCUUGUCAAGAUUUGCUCAGGUUGAUUUGCAGCUAAUUAAUUCAACAGGCAUUUUUAAUCUUGCAAAUUUGCAACUUGUAAUACAGUAAUCAGGCUCCUGCGAGCGAACAUUAAUCAGUGAGAGGGGGAAGAAAAGCACUGCCAGCUGCAUGCAGUGCGGUGCCUGCACUGCACAGGGACAUUCACAAGAAAUGCAACAUUAGUAAAUUCAUCCCAACUAAACCCUCAUCAUUUGUCUUUUGAGUCAUUCAUCCACUGGAUUUGUUUGGCAGAGCCAGAGGUUGUGCUUGGGGAGUGGGGGGGUUGCUGAGCUGAAGAAGCUUUAGGUGCUGCCAGUGUCCUGAUCACCCAAUUCCUCACCAACCACAGAGAACCCAGUUUCAUUUCUGAGAUGGCCAUGCUGGUUGUAGAGCAUUCUCCUGGAGAAACACCUGUGUCCCAAAACACAUAAACACAUUUAGCAACACUAGAAGCCGGAUGAAUGAGUGGAAAAACUAUAUUCCUUUAUUGCUUUUAGCUUACAGGUAGAUUUUAGCUUCUUUGAUGUGCAGCAGAAGGGAAAAAAAUGGAAUGUUUGCCCAGGGUGUACAUGUCCGUGAGUCAACAACUGAUCAGUGUGUAUCUUUUAUUAUGGAAGUGAACCCACUGGUACCCUCAGCAGGGAAGCCAGAGAUCAAAAACUCUUGAAAACUAGGAAGUAAAGGAUUCCUCUGGGCAGGAUCAAAAGGGUUUGUGAAACACUGUGGAAAUCUGCCCCAGUUGUUUCAGUGAAUAAAGGGGAGGAUCAGUCUUAUCAGGAAAAAAAUCAACACUUGCACAACCUUAAUGCCAAUACAGUAUUUGUGUUGCAGUUACUCUCUUUGCAACUGAAGAUGUUAGCUGAGAACAUUCUAGAUCUGUUACGAGCUCACUGGAACACAGAGGGAGACACUGUAAGCCACUUCAUAGAUAUUAGCACUGCUAUUGGCAAUUGUUUACUGGCAAUAAUAUACAGAGGCGUCUCAAACUAGAGCACAUGAGGCAAGGAUUUGCUAUGGCUGUUGUGUCAAUGAUUGUUAAAUCUAGGAAUUGUAGAUCUUUGUUGUGGCGUGUAGGAAAAAAAUGGCUUUUUAAUGCAUAUUUUUCUUUACAGAGGAUAAAUGUCAGAUGGCUUGCACAAAAACAUAUCACUUAAAUUAGACUCAUAAAGUGGGCGUUUCUUUAUAUGGAAUAGGAGAGGCUCAGUGUCGUUCAAGUGCUUUGUGCACUUUUUCACUUGGUGAAUAUGCACAUGCAGUACAUGUGAGAAUAAGCAAAUAGUGGAUUCACAAGUUCACAUUUCCUUAGUGCAGGUAGUUCUGACAUCAUCUUGCUCAUCUACACAUCAUGAGCGUGUACAUGGGGCAGGGAGAUGAUCACUGGUAAACCAGCUGAAAAUAAAGACAGAGAUAGUAGAUGAUGUGGGAAAAGUCUUAUUACAAUUAGAGAACAGUUGUGAAUACAUGGAGCAGAUGAGCCCUCAUGGUAUUUCUUCAUGCUCAGGUAUUCAUCACUCAGCUUCUCGUGCACAUCACUGCUGAAGGACUUUUAACCACACUAUAAGUUGUCAAUUUUUGCUUCUUUAUAAGUGAGAACAGUAGCACCCUGGCUUGCAAAGGAAAUCACUGUGGAGGUGUCCAUAACCUUCAUGCAUGAUCUGUAAGUGUAGCACAUCGUAACAGUUGUGUUUUCUUCAAACGUUCACUCAAACAAGUUUGCAGGAUGUAUUAGACAUUGUUACGAUUUUUUUUCCUUGCUUCCAUUUCCUUCCUGUGCUGAAGAGUGUCAAUGCAAUCCCCACUGCUGAGAGAAGAUACCCAUGCCCAUAAUAACCUGAAGUAUCAUAUAAUCAUAGAUUCACAGAAUGGCUUGGGUUGGAAGGGAUCUUAAAGAUCGUCCCAACCUCCGUGUAUGGCAUGGGCAGGGCUGCCACCCAACAGCUCACGCUGCCCAGGGCCCCAUGCAACCUGGUCUUGGACAUCUCCAGGGAUGGGGCAUCCACAUUUCCUUUGUUUUGGAGAUGCUGGCAGAAGAGCCACUUACCUGGAACCCUCUGGAUCAGCAGGCAAAUCCUCUCGCAAGUUCAAUUCUUCAAAUGAACUGCAGUUCCUUUAACUCAGUUACCAUUUAUUCUCAAAGGCAGAAACUCUCUUCUGCAUAAUUUAUUCUACACAGUGGGACAGAUACUUUGCUGUCUAUUCUUUGUGCGUUAUUCUAGCAAGUGAGCAUCACUGCAUUUUAUUUCAAGUGCCCUUCCAUGUAUUAGGCUGUCUCACCAGUGCAAGCUGGCUCUGCUCUUGUUCCCACGCUCACUUACCUGCAUCUUUACACAAAUGCUGACUUAACAUUCAUUAUUUGUCAUGUUGCAGGUCCAUGCCAAACCCAGUGUGACUUCUGGACUUGAUCCAGGGCAUUAGCAAAUGGGAUUAUCUUCUCACUGCAAGCACUGGACGCAGAACCCACUGAGAUGCAAUAAACACAGUUCCUUAUCAUGCUGAUUUGACAGUAAUUUUGCAGGGUACAGCUGGGCUUUAAAACUUUGUUCAGUUCUCCGCAGCCUUUAUUUAUUAAAAAGAAAUUCAACAAAGCAAAAAGCCACACACACAAAUCCAAACUUUCCUUGUUCUUCCUCGUUGUACACUGUUCUCAUGAAAUUUGCUGUGUGAGGAGCGUGCCAGUUAAUUCGCAUUGGAACAGCCCUUCCAAUGUAUGUUUUCCAAAUGGAUUCCUACAAAAACUAUUAAUACUAAACCCAGUAGUAAUUAAAAUGAACAUAUUCUCCAGUCAUUACAGCAAAAUGUACACUCAGAUAAGGCUAGGUAAUUUGUGCAUGCUUCUACCUUUCAUCUCUUACGAUGCACAGCUCAAAGUUUCUUUUUCAGGUUGACUGACAAAUUUGAUUGUUUGGGGAAAAUGUGUGCACAAGUGUUUCUAGACCAUUAGUAAAACUGGUGAGCUUUCUGAAGCAAUUUCAUGUGAGACCGAUGAUCCUAAAAGAUUCAGACUUACUGUGCUUGCAAAACCUUCUUGCGUGUUCUACAAAGGAAAAAAGACACUGUCAAAGGACUGAUUGAGAAAUUUUGCCUGGUGAACACACUGAUAAGUAAUACUUACACCAGCACUCUGAAAAGGAGCAAUUAUUGUACUGGGAUUUGCCUUGACUACAGGCAGCUUAUAAUCUUAAAGGGCUUGCCUGAAGGACCUCCAUAGCAAUGGAUGACUUUCUUUUGACUUUACUGGAGUCCAGUAAGCCCUGAGAGUAAGCAAGUGUCAUUUUGCUAUUAAAUUUCACAAUGCCUCUCCAGAUGAAAUUUAUUUUUAUGGAAUCUAUUUAGUCACUAUUUUACAGCACACUUGAACUUUACUAUCAGUGAACUGCCAGUCCUUGUGCAUCCAAUACUGAUUAGGCAAAGGAAAAUCUUUGGAGAAGGAACAUCAGGCUUUGUAUUGAAAAAAUAGUCCUCUGCAAAUAAUAUAAAGCACUUCUAGGUCUUCCAUUUCUGUGAGUCACUGAAUGAGUCAAAGACAGCUUCCUGGGUUCCAGAAUAAAUUUAAAUAUCUGUUUAAAUGUUCAGAAAACUAACUGAGAUAUUAAUAAUAUUUUAAUAUUUUCCAUGAAAAAAGAAAUCCUUUAAGCUACACAUUUCAACUUCAAGAAGAAUGCAUAUAUUUAUAUAAAUUCUAAGUCAUUGGGCUUUGGGGCAGCAAGGGAAAAAAAUGGCAAUUUGAGGAGGUGAAAUUUUCACAUAAGCUCAGCAAGAGUCUCCUGGUGUCCCCAUCAGCCUGCUGCUCCAGCCCUUGCUUGUCACUAUUUCACUGCUUAAACCAUUCAAGAAGGAUCUAGGGUUUGGAUCUUGGCCAACCUCAUCACAGUCUUCAGUGCUAGGGCACAGAUCAGGGAUGCAGGAACCUCAGAGACAACAGGCUAGGGUAACAAAGAGAAAGGUAGAUCCAUUUAUUCCAGUUUCUCUACAGGCACAGCUGAAUGGGUGAUGGGGACAAGGGCUGCUUCUUCGUGGGGCAGAUACUGAGUGCUGGGACAUGGGGCUGGUGUUUGUACCCUGUUCUUUGGAAAGGAAAGGCAGCAAAUAAAAUUUAGGAAGCAGUGAUGUUAGACACCCACAGUGCCAAAGCACUGAACCAUCAAGCUGGAUUCCCAGCCCUUAGAGGUUGGUGCCAAGAAUGGAAACAAGUUUAUUAGCUGCUGCAAUGCAGUCCUAAAAGAUGCCGUCUGCAGCUUUCUGUCCUUUGCAAAUCGGUAUGCAGAGGAAAAAACAAAGGAUUGCCUUUGCUGCUGUUUUGCAGGAAAUAAAACGUUUUCACAGCUGUUUUAGAGGUGUGCCUUUUAGCGUCUUUGGGUUUUAUAAAGAACUGAAAUAUAUUUCUCUCCCUUACAAAAACAGAAAAUCUUUUUUUUUUUUCUUUUUCUUUUUCUUUUUCUUUUUCUUUUUUUUCAUACAUUACAUACAAGUCAUAAAGCCUUGGCUUCUUUGAGAAACUGAGAUUCUCACAAUUCCACUCCUUCCCAUCUCCCCAUCGCCUAAAAAAAUAAAAUAAUAAUUAAAAAAAAAAAAGAACAGGAAACUGACAAACAUUUUGGGGAACACUGCAGUAUCACACU